AUGGCCCAUCAGCUCAACCCCAGAUACUUCAAGUGUGAUUUCCACAACGGCAUCAAAAUUAGGCGACUAAGCUUCAAAAGAAGGCCCAGAGUGGCAGCCAACCAUGUGGAACCACUGCCAAGUGAUGUGUCAUCUGGACGAAGGGUGCUUGCAGAAUCGAUGUUAUCGCCAAGUGGCGAGGAGGAUAGAAGAGUGUUGACCAUGUCGUCUCUCACCAGGGGUCGGCCUCCCCUUCCCCCACCUCAUGGUCCCUCCUCUGACACUGCAUCCUACAGAAAGGAGACAACUACGGACACGGUCGAACGCUCAGAGUCCAGGACGUCCAGACCCGAGCCCAAAGCCAGAUCCUUGGCAUCACUGAGACGGGAUCCAGCGGUGGACAAGCCCCAGGUGAAGGCCAACAAAACCUUGGAGCAGGAAACGACCCGACCGUCUCCCCCUGAGCCACUUCCACGCCGACGGCUGGCCAGCUUUGGAGGAGUGAGCUCGACCGGGUCGCUUUCCCCUUUCACAGGCCUCGGUGCGUACAAUCAGAACAACAAUGGAAACAAGACCAGUGGAGGCUUGGAACUCGAGCUGAAUUCCAGCACAAGAGGUAGCACAGGAUCCCUGAAAUGUAGUCCUCAAAGCCCCAUGCAUUUGCAUCACGUCCGUGACCAGAUGGUGGUGGCCCUGCAGAAGCUGAAGGAGCUGGAGGAUCAGGUUAAGACCAUCCCCAUCCUGCAGGUCAAGAUCUCAGUCCUCCAGGAGGAGAAGAGGCAGCUGCUCUCUCAGUUCAGGAACCACAAUGGAAGCCAGGACCUUGAUGACGUGUUCAGGAGGAGAGCCUACAGCACGGGGGCCACUGCAAACCUACAGAAGGCUACGAAAGUAGAGAAUGACGUGAAUGAGAACCAGGAGGAGGUUUCAAGUGACUGCACACAAGGCCUCAGGGAACUACAGAUGCUCAGUAAGGAGAUGCAGGCCUUGGAAAGGACUAUUAAAGGCGGUCAUUUGCAAGAGCAGCUUGGACUCAGUUAUAACACUCCUUGUGCCGGACUCAAGUCCCUUGCCGUCGGUACAAUUUUAGAAAUCAAUCAAAUAAAAACAUGCAAAUGCACCAAGCUCAUUGAGACCCGCUCCAUUGGAACAGGGGUCAACCUUGGACAUGUAACAGAAUUGGAAGCAGAGCUGGCAGUAAAACAAGGACUAACUGAGGCCCUGGAAGAGAGAGUUGGUCAAUUGGAGGAGGAGUUGAAGGUAUCUGCACUCCAGAAAGGAAUGAGUCUCCUUAAACUAGAGCUUCAGGCUGCAGAAGAGAGGAAUCGGGUGGACAAGUCCGCCAAUACUAUGCCUGGUUCUCAGAGCAAAGCCACUAUGACAGAGAUUUACACCGCCAGCAAGGGGGUGGGCAACCACGUAGAGCUGCGUGAAGCUAGCACAGGAGAUAGCAUUGAGUUCUGCACAGUGGGGACAUCUUGUAGACCCGAGUUUAGGAGUAUAGGCACUUGCUCGGAUGUGCCCAUGAGUCAGUGGCGUGAAAAGGUUGAAACAAAGGAACAGUGUGUAGGGGCUCAUAUUUCCACAAAUACCCAGGGCAUUGGGACAGAGAUUAGGACAUGUGAUUUAGGGACCAAUACAGAUUUAAUAAUCGAAAUUGGACAAACACAGAUGGAAUACCUUACUGUGUCUUGUGGAGGUCUCGAUAGCAAAGCCAGAGAUUUAUGUGGAAUGGUUGAUUUUUGCCCAAUGGCCUUACCUCUGACAGCCUCACAACACACCAACACAGAGUCCCAUUCAGUGACACGUUUCACCAAUACAACGCAUGCCUCAAACACAAACUCCAGCACCAACACCAUCCUAAAUACAGAGGAGAAGCACACCAACACCACACAACCAGUCACAAGAACAGUCUCUGUAAGUAACAGGGUCAAACUUAUCAGAGGAGUUUCAGAACCCUGCCCUGUUUGCUCAGGAAUGUCUGCACGGCUUGGAGUUAUGCCAACACCAGCUCAAAAAGCAAAAACCAAAGACAUGGGUGUUGGAUUUACCAACAUCAAUGAUCAUUUCUUGGUGGGCCUGAAAACCAGGAACAUGGCCUCGGGUCCUUCCCAUCUACCUGAUUCCAGCAGGACCAGAAGCAUCGGUGUGGGAGAGGGAAAGGUGAGGAACCUGUCAAGGUCUUCUCAGUUCUUUCCUCAGAUGCCCCCGCAACCAAUGCAGUCCCAAUGGGAUCCACAUUUGACCCAUGGCAUGGAGCAGAUGCAAAGCCUGCUGAAGGAGCAGCAUGUUCUCAACAGCCCAGGCACCUGCGAUCAGAGGCCACGACCACACGACACCCAGUGUGAAGCCCAAAUCCAGUCUCCAUCAUGGCCGCCUGAUGAUUUCACACAGAGCGAUCAGCCGAACUCAGGGAUCAGUGAAGUGAGUUGCAUCGACUCAGGGGUCAAAAGAAAGAUUCAACUGAUGGAGCAGCAUGCAUCCUCUGGUCUGCAAGACAGGUCAGCCAAUAUGCCACGCUCCACAGCUAAGAAACCCAGCGCUGACCAGGGCAGCCACAGCAGGAGGGGCUCCAAGUUCAUGGGGCUGUCGGCAAGGUUUAAGAUAAGUGAGGCUAUUCUUACAGCCUGUCAAGCUUUAAGGACUUAUCUAAGGGAUCGAAAGGCCUUAUCAAGUAAGGAAUUGCAAGUCUGCCUCCACACUCUCCAACAGGAGUGGUUCAGCGUCUCAAGCCCCAAGUGGGCCAACGCCACCAUGGUGGAGGACUACCUGGGGGCCUUCAGGGCCGUGUCCCCUGCCGUGCUGCACCACGUCGCCAACAUGGCCGACGGCAACGGCAACACCUCGCUGCACUACAGCGUGUCCCACUCCAACUUCGCCGUGGUGAAGAAGAUGCUAGACUCAGGAGUGUCUAACGUCAACCAGCGGAACAAGGCGGGCUACACGCCGGUCAUGCUGGCCACGCUUGCGGCGGCGAGUUCACCGGAGGACAUGCGCGUGGUGGAGGAGCUGUUCGCCAGAGGGGACGUCAACGCCAAGGCCAGUCAGGCGGGCCAGACGGCCCUGAUGCUGGCGGUGAGCCACGGGAGGCUGGACAUGGUGCAGGCCCUGCUGGAGCGCGGGGCGGACCUCAGCCUCCAGGACGAGGAAGGCUCCACCGCGCUCAUGUGUGCCAGCGAGCACGGCCACUCCCACAUCGUCAGGCUGCUGCUGGCCCAGCCCGCCUGCGACACAGCGCUGAGUGACAGCGACGGCAGCACUGCCCUGUCCAUCGCCUUGGAGGCGGGCCAUCAUGACAUCGCUCUGCUGCUGUACGCACACGCCAACUUCUCCAGAGGGCAGAUACCAGCACACAGCUCCUUAUCAUCACAGAAGCCCUGAGUACCACGGUUUUGAUACUGUUAUAAUGUGAAAAAUGUGUGUGUGUGUGUGUGUGUGUGUGUGUGUGUGUGUGUGUGUGUGUGUGUGUGUGUGUGUGUGUGUGUGUGUGUGUGUGUGUGUGUGUGUGUGUGUGUGUGUGUGUGCGUUGUGUGUGUGUCUCUGCGUGUUGCAUUGUUUGCAUGUAUGUAUGUGGUAUGUGUGUGUUUGUUUGGUAUGUGUGUCUCCGUGUUAUUGUGUUUGCAUGUUUGUGGUAUGUACUGUAUGUGUAUAUGUGUGUGGGUGUGGGUGUGUGUGCAUGAACAUGCGUGUUUUCAUGUAUGUAUGUGCAUGUGUGUGCACCCAGGCACGUGUGUGUGUGUGCGGGCCUUUGUAUUUGUCUCUCUACGUGGGUGUGCGCCUGCACGUAUGUGUUUUUUUAUGUGUGUGUGUGUGUAUGUGUGUGUGUGUUUACUUUGUAGGUACCUGCACGUCAUGUUGGGGAGCCUCCUCAGUCUCCUGGGGGGAAUAGUGGCUCUUAAUUAAAAUUACAUUACAUCUGCUUACCCGACGGUGCUGGAUCCCAUGGAUAUUUAAUACAAGCCCUUUCUAAGCAUAUUCAAGAUUUCAAGAUCAAAGCACUCGGCAGAGGAGACUCUCCACAACAAUAUUCACAUUUUCAGAAGGGCUGCACCGCAUAGCAUUUUGCACAUCUUGCUUUAACACGUGUUUUGAGUAUCAGACGUUGUUCUUGUUUUUUGUUUUGCAUAGACUUUUGCAUAAAACGUUAAAUUGCAGUAGUAGUUUAUAAUGUGCAGUGUGCUUUUAUUUGAUGCAUUAAAGAGGAAAGAGGAACUGAAGCAUGCCAGCAUAUCUAUAGUACUAAAACAGUGUUCACCAUUACCUUGUUGAGGGGUGCCUUGUUUUUUUAAUAUACUGUAAAAAUAUAUGCACAGCAUUUAUAUCCCUCUAUGUCAGGUGAGCCAUUUGUGUGAUAAUGUGUAUGAAGAGGACAAAAAAAGAUUAAAAUAAUUGUGAUGCAUCAGAUAAAAUGAAUCAGUAAUUAACAAGAUUGAGAUCUAUGUAUAUUCAUAUAAAGGCCAAUGUUACUAACAACCAUGUUAAUAAUACAAAAUGUAUGUUUAUUCCUAUGGUCAGUGGUCAACUAUCCUAUCGAAUUCAGUUUGAAUUUGUCUCCUUUUUUCUGCAUAACUUGAUGUGCAUACUGUGACUCAUUUUCUCAGCAGUGGCAAUAAAAUACAAUGCCAUUUGAGGUCCACCAUCAAA